UUUUUGUAGACAACUACAGCGACCUUUGUGUUCCAAUCGACGGAGCCGCGGCACUAUACGCGUGGGGUGACUGUCGGUUCUGUACCUCUCGCUAUCUUAUUAACACAGUGCGAAGUGUUGUUGAUAAACCGUCAUCAGGUGACCGCAGGCAGGAUUUUCUGGCUUCACCGUCGCUGUAUUGUUCAACUGCUGUACUUUCUUUGGAAAAAGGCAUGUGCGAGAAGGCUUAAUCAGAUUUGAAGUCAGUGGACAGUGCCGAUGGAUGGUUUCUAAUCAUAAAACAACUGAAAAGAGUGCCGAGUAUAAGAGAUGACCCUGGUCCUGUCGAUGAAUACGUUCUGUGACCACGCUGCCUCAUCAGGAGACUGCGAAAUUCCAGUGUUCCAGCCCCACUGGGAGUCACAGCGCUACAGCAAGAGCUGCAUCUCCGGGCCCGUUCCACUAGAGUGUGCUGCAGAACAACUGGCAGGAGAAUCCUAUUACCGGAGAGGACCGGAUCCUGUAGCCACAUCGAGGAUUGCAUACUUCAAACGGAAGUAUGUAGAAGAAGAGGACUCCCACCCAGGCCUGCAUAACUGCUGCCAGAGAGUGACGCCAGCCUUCGAGGAGCGGGCCCACGUGCUACGAGUGUCUUUGGACAAGUUGCGUUUCAUCGAGGACCCCGAGGCCUUCCUGCGACGCUCUGUUCUCGUCAACAAUCUACUGAGGAGGCUGCGGGCCGAGAUCCUGCUGCAGAGUGACUGGUGCUUCACCCCUCCAUCUUCUGCCUCCCCCCCAUCGGCCAGCCAUUGCCCCUGGGAAAACCCAGCCACUCGGGCCUGCUUCACCAGCGUACCGCCCGUCGAGGGACACUACCAUAAACGAUUCCGCGUCAUCCGGGGAGAGGAGGAGUGCUUUGAGCGCUGCUGCUGUUUCUACGAGGGCCGCUACCUACGCCUGCCCUACUCUAUCUGCGAUGAAGCUCAUUCUUCUUCAUCCUCAUCAUCCUCAUCCUCCUCUUCUUCCUCUCCACUCAUCCCUCAGCUUCUCCCGCUGGAAGAUGAGGCCAAAUUGCAUGCCUUUUAUCCUUGUUUCAACCUGCCAGGACCUAGGAAACUAACAGGAGAAAAGGAAGAACCAAAGCAGGACAGGACAUGCUCUUCUGGAGGUGAGCCUGAGGUGACUAAAAUAUUGGAUGUGCAACAAGAGGAAGCUCGGAGAUGCUAUGGAACUGCAGGCCAGUCAAGCUGAAAAGCUGAUAUUACAGAAAUGGGGCAGGAGACUAUGGUCAGCAUUGGGAGAAAAAUGUAAAGAUAGCCAAUUGCUUCUCGUCUGAUAAAACACCUACUUUUUUCAGAAGCCAUGUGUUCUUAAAACUGAGAGGGAUGCAUUGUGCGAGGCACUUGUGUCUCAAUAAUCCAGAGCAUGGAUCUGUACAAGUUUUUGCUAGGGAUAGUUUCCCAAGAUCUGGAGAUGCAAUAGCAGCAUUAUUUACAUUGAAUGAAAAUGAAUCUCGAAAAUGUCAGCAUGAGAAACAAACUGUACUGACUGUUUUAGGAUUCGUGUAAGUGAUGGGCUCACAAUAUAAGAGAUUGUUGAUGGAGAUGGUGGAUUGACAAUACAGAAGCACAAUAGGGUGCCUUACUUUUGUAAAAAAAAAAAUAAAUAAUUGUUUAAUUGUUUUGGAAUGGCUUUUAUGUGCGUGUUCAGUGAUGGGUUUAUAUAACACCAGGGGAUAUUAUGAGGACCUUUUGAUGUUGUUUCUUAUGGAUAUGAAUACUUGUGAAGGUCUAAUUCUCCAAAACAAAACUAAAGGACCACUUUAAUUGCUAUUUGUAAUGCCAAUGUUUCAGAAGUCCAUGAUUAUGAAUAAAUAAAAACUGUAACUAGGGGAUGUGCGGUACUAUGGAAUACUGUUGUAUUUUAUUUUGUUUGGGCAGGUUGGUUCAUAGUCCUGGAGUUUAUUGUGCAAGUUCAAGCAUUGUAGGGUAUAGACAGGAAUAUACCAGCUAUUACAGUAUGUUAUUGGGACUUGGACUUGAAAGUACAAGACUUAAAUGGGAAACCUUUUAAAACAAUGACUUCCAAUAGCAUUCCAUUGGGAAUAAAAUCUGAACAUGUUUUCCAGUUAUGUUCAGGGUCUACAGAACAGUAAAAUGGGCAAUGAUUCAUAAUGAAUUCAAGGAACAACAGCUAUUCCACUGGAACUCAAAGAUACUGACGUCAUUAUUUUAAAGGGCUAAUCUUAAAUGCACCUCUCAGGAUUCAAAUAACAGAAUCACAGAAUUAGAUUCUACCAAAGACCACUCAAAGUCUUUGCCAUGGUGUGAAUUGAUUCAAUAUUCAGAAUUCACAUUCAGAAUUCUCAAUACCUUUUGUACAAAAAACAAGAAAACUGGGUUUACCCCUUUAUUAAGUUGUCAGAUAACUAAUGCAGAUGGAAUUAGGUCAGAAUGAAACUGCUGCUUUUGAUUGAAUGAGGUACAAUUUUAUCAGACAGUGGAAACACUUCUCUGACUUAACACUGGCUUAAAUCCCUGACCAAUAAGGGGUCUAGAUUUGGGACCUGCAAGUAGGAAGAUUCCUCUAUUGUUAUUCUCUCCCAGGGGUGUGCAAGCUAGUCAUCUAGAACGUAUCUAAGAAAAACAUGCCUCCCCGCCCCUAACCCCACAAGGAUACCAGUUCAGACUAAAUCUGUUCAUGUUCGGUAUGGCCCUGGUUUUAGCUUCAUUAACACCUGUCAUUCUACAGAGUCUUUCCUCUUCCUUGCACAUUCUCACAUGACCAUAUUAUUCCCCGCCUUUUCUGUUUUAUCGCAGAUAUUUGUAUGCAAACGUGCUUACUGUUAGUAUCACACAACAAACAAAACUGAAGUUUGGAUGUCUCCUAUCUGUGGAGCAAACAAACUCUAUAAAGAGUGACUUACCUAAACAUGGUGACACAUUAAUCAGGUACAUAGUGAGAAUAAAAGUGAAUUCAGGGUCUUGUUGACUGUAUAAACAUCUGCUAUUAUAGUUUAGCCAGGACACACAACAAUUAAACACAUCUUUGCAAGACAUCUCUAAGCACUUUACAAUAAAAUAUACAUGUUAUUUUACUUGAAGUGGGCAAUGUAAUUAUUAACUGUUACUCUGAAAGAUAUCUACAGUACUUACACCAUGCUGAGGCCAACUUUGGCUCUAGAGGAGGCAGUGUAUCAAGCUGUGAAAGACCAGUACUGCCCAUGUCAAAGUUUAUCAUAAUAAAAAUAUACCAAACUGUAUUAAAGCCCGUAGAGAUAAAGUAAAUUGUAUUACAAAAAAUGACAAACUGUUAAACUGGUAAAAAUGAAUAGUAUAACCAUGAAAAAAACAUGGGAAUACAGUAAAAUGUGCAAAUGUACCAUGGUAAACAUUUAUAAAGUUGCCAAAACUGGUUAGCUGCUGAUAUCGGAAUACAAGGUAGUGCGGACACAACAGCCAUUUUAUUCUUGUCUGCAAUAUUUCACCAAGGUAAUGAAGCAUUUUUUUACACAAAAAGUGGGAAGUGUAUGGAAUUGGUUACUAAGCAACUUGAGAUCCUUUAAGAACCGACUAGACAAAGUUAUGGGAUCAAUCAGCUACUAGGAACCUGGUGAACAUGGCCUCCUCUCAUUUAUAACUUUUCUUAUCUUCUUAUGUUACUAAUUCAUGUUUUAAAAAAAAAAGAAAAACCUGCAUCCCUUUUAUAAACUGUAAAUAUUAUUAGCCAGGUGAUAUAUUGUCAUUAUGGAAACCAAGUCUGUAUGGUGUAGA